GCAAUUCGCUUCGUUCGCUCGCAACGAUUGUACGUUCCAAAGCAAAAAGUGAAACGCAAACUUUUCAAAUAACAUUGACAAUGGUUGUGAAACUAGAAACAGUGACCGCGAUGUACGCCGAUGUUUACCCGGCGUUGCCGAAGUCCCGUCGCGACAUGGAGUGCAUGACAUCUGACUGUCCGAGACGCCAGAAGCCUCGUUGUACCGCUUUACCGGCGCUGGUGGAGGAUGACUCCGAGAUUGAAGCAUACACACCUGAACCGAAGUCCUACAUCCUGCAUACUGAAUUGAGAAGACAGAAGUCGCUAUCGCCUCAGCGCCGCGAGAGGAUGCGGCGGCAGCUGGCUCUUCCUUCCCUUUCUGAAGACGAGGAGCCUUGAUCGGCUUGCGAUUGAAGUUGGAAUGAAGUUUCGAAGCUCCCUGGGGCCGGCAGCUCGCCAAUUUCCACCGGGGAUGAGGAGUGACCUGAAAGCGCACGUGGAGAUUGAACAGCCUGUAAUGGGGUCGUCCCAGUGUUGGACCAGUUUCAGUCGCGACUUCGUGAGUGAUUCAGUCAAGGUGAUUGGACAUACUAGUGGCAGAUUGAAAAACUUUUGUGAUGUGUAACCAAAUAGCUGCAAUACCAAAGCGUUAAAAUACAAAUAA